UUCUUUCUGACAUUCUGUACUGCAUGUUAUGCAGUCUGUUGAAGUGUUGAUGAGACCACUGCCAACAAACUAACUAAAAAGUAAAAACAGUCUCAUUCUCAUCCUUUUAGAGAUGAUAACUGACAUUACUUUGAACUGAUUUGUCUUUUUGUAAACGUCCACCAAUAUUCAAUGGCAGUGAGUAACUCGUAGGUCUGACACGUAGGAAAUCGUAGUAGAAUUAGACCCUCAGUGGAUAUGGAUUUCGGUUGCUCUGAACGUCAGAAGGCGUUCACACCCAUCCUGAAAGGAUCUGCCCAGUCAAGACGACCACUCGGUGAACUUCCCAACGUGAAAGUAACACCCAGUGGCAAUGGCAAUGGCAGCCGGCAAUUCGAUGAUGUGUUCAUCAAGCGAUCGGUGUCAUCACCGACUACGCCCACUGUGGAGAAGUCACGCAGCCGGCGCUCCCGUCGGCGCAGCACUCGCACCCAGUCGCUGCCCGACCCGGUGAUUGCCAAGUGGGACUUGACAUGGCUGGUUCCUCUCUCACCUGACAGCAUGCUGCAGACGCUGGAAGGCCGCUACGCUGCAGGCUGCUACUACACGUUUGCAGGUGUUGCUUUGGUGGCCAUCAAUCCGUUCCAGCAAAUCAAGAGUCUGUACAGCACGGAGGGCAUGGAAGCAUACCGGGGCUUUGGCAAGGAGUGUAGGGAGUCACUUCCACCUCACUUGUUCAGUAUUGCCGAGGAGGCUCUGGCCAACAUGCACUGUGGAUUGUCAGUGAAUCAGUCCAUCGUGAUAAGCGGAGAGAGCGGGGCUGGAAAAACGUUCAGCGCUCGGUCGUUGAUGGAGUACUUUGUCAUGACCAGCGCUUGCCAGGGUGCAGUAAUGAGCGAGAAGGUGCGGGAAGUUGCCGACAAGAUAGUCAUGUCCAAUCCCUUGCUGGAAGCUUUUGGCAAUGCAUGCACGUGCCGUAACUCCAACAGCAGUCGCUUUGGCAAGUACAUCAAGCUACAGUACGACAGAAAUGGACAGAUUGUCAGUGCGGAGAUGCAGACAUACUUGAUGGAGAAGACCCGCGUCACCUAUCAGGCCGAUGGAGAAGGCAAUUAUCAUGUCUUCUAUCAGCUCGUCAACGGUGCGAGCGACGAGGAGAGGCAACUCUGGCACUUGCCAGAAGGAUCCAAGUACCGGCUGCUGCCCAAAGCAAGCCAUCCUGUAUCUUACGGAGGCUCAUCCUGUACUGAUGCGUGGCAAGAGACGUGUGCGGCAUUGCAAAGUGUGGGAGUGAGCAAGUCGGUCAUGAAGGACAUUGGCGCUCUGCUGUCGGCGCUGCUGCAUCUCGGCGAACUGGACUUCACGGAAGAUGUCUCAGACAGCGAUGACCUGCGUCAUGGUGCCGAGCUGCUAGGGCUUUCAUCGGACCUGCUGCUCAAGACCAUCUCCCAUCGUCAGAUCACAGCCGGUGCCAAUGCGUCACUGCGUGCCACUGCUGCCCACUGUGAGAGCUUCAGCAAGCCUUGUGAGCCGGCGGAGUGUCGGAACAGGCGCGACGCCAUUGCCAAGUUGGUCUACUCAAGACUCUUUGACUGGCUUGUUGCGUAUGUCAAUGACAGUCUGUGCUCUUCGGGCCCUGAUUCACACGCCUUCAUAGGUCUUCUCGAUGUGUAUGGCUUUGAAAACUUUGCUCGCAACAGCCUUGAGCAGCUGUGUAUCAACUAUGCCAACGAGCGACUUCACAAUCUCUUUGUGCAGCGCUUCAUCAAGUCACAGCAGACUGAGUAUGGUGCUGAAGGUCUAGACUGGACUGCGGUGGACUACCAGGACAACUCUGCUUGCUUGGUGGCCAUGGAUGGACGCUCGGGGGUGUUUGCCGUCCUCAAUGAGGAGUGUCAACUCAAUCGCAACAUGGACUCAGAGGCGGUUGCCGGUCGGCUGCUAACAAGCAUUCAGAGCGCCAACUAUGCCGUCAUCACUCGCCCGCCCAGCAACCAAGUGAAUGAGCCGGCGUUCCAAGUCAGCCACUAUGCUGGCACUGUUGUUUAUUCUACAGGAGAGCUGGUGGAGAAGAACAAGGACAAUGUUGCGUCCGACCUGCUUGGUCUGCUCUCACACUCGUCAAAGGACUUCAUCGUAUCGCUUGCUGAUCAGUGUGAUGACACUGCAGCUGCAGCAGCUACUACGUCGGCCACCACGGUUGAUUCACCUGUCCGUGCAAAUGGCUCCACACCACGCCGCCAGGGUCUCAAGAGAAAGACUGUUGUUUCCAAAUUCAAGGCGUCGGUGGAUUCACUAGCUCAAGUAUUGGAUAGCACAACUCCGCACUACAUUCGCUGCAUCAAGCCGAACUCGUCAUCGCGACCCUGCCAGUUUGAUCAGAAGCUUGUGUCAGCUCAGUUGACUGCCAGCAGUGUAUUUGAGACGGUGACCAUAUCACACGCAGGCUUCCCGGUCCGACUCCUGUACAGUGAAUUCCUUGGCCGCUAUGAUUGCAUUCUGCGGCGCAAUCGCCUCAGCCAGCACCACAAGGUCCUCAAGGUUCUGACACCGAAGGGAACACCGCUGGUCUGGCCCGAGAACAAGAGAUGCCGGAGUCCACUGGAGAUGAUAGACUCGAAUGACCUUGGCUCAUCGCUGACCAUUCACACAUCUCUCUCAACGCGACCUGGCUGCACUAUACCGACAGCCAUACCCGAGCAAGCCGUCAAUACUCCGCGUGGCGACUCCGUGAUGAAGAGUCUGCAGUUCAACGACGGUCACGACUCCACAGAUUCCGCUUCCGCUUCGUCGACCGAUCGGAGAAGUUUGUCCACCAGCAGUGUUCGCUUGCAUGCGCAGGCGGCGUCGGCGUCGGCGACAUCACAGACUGGCUCCAGUCUCGGCACGACACCGCGUCGGCCCAGUCGCGGUACCAAGCGUCGCCUGGAGUCGCAGGAACGCUACGCGCCGGAAGACAGGUCGGUGCUGAUGACGGGCGAGAAGGUGCGCACCGCGGCGCUGCUUGCCGCUGCCCUGCUUGGGCACGGCGACCUUAGGGUGCCCACGUGGGACGAGUGCGCCAAGGAGAACUCACCAGUGCUGGCAGAGAAAGUGACGAGGAACUCCGACCUGCAGCAAGUAGCGUGCAUGGGACAUACCAAGAUAUUCCUCAAGGAGUCACAGGUACUGCAGCUGGAGCGCCUGCGUGAAUCUGUUCUGUGCCAUAGUGCGCACCGUCUCCAGGUCUGGUGGCGCCGUGUCCUGCACCGCAGACACUUAGCCGCUGCCAUUCUACAAGCAACAUGGCGGAUGAGACAAGCACGUCAUCGCUUCGUUCACAUCAGAGAGGCGGCCGUGCUCCUACAGUGUACCUGGAGGGCGUGCCCCACGUACGAACGCAAGUUCUUGCAGAAGGUGAUCACCCCUGUCAAAGAAGUUGAAUCUGCAACAGGUGCACAGCAGUGUCAGCUUGCACUCGCUAUCCCACCAACUAUCCCGGUUGCACCGACUGUCCCUGUAGCGCUGACAGAUGGCUCUAAUAGCAGCGCAUCAACGGCCAUGGAUACUGUUUCCUGUGACGGAGCAGGGCCAUGCCGAUCUUCCCAUGCAGUCGUGUCCAGGAAGAAGCCUGUCACGUUUUCAGCCAGCGCACUGAGCAGUCGCACCGCUCGACAGGUGGACACAAGACGACGCAUGGCAACCGUCCGCUAUCUUCCCAAGUGUCGACUUCACCUGUUCUGCUUUGAAAGUGCUCUGGCGUGUUCCUCCGUUGUGCCACUUGAUCUCCAAGAACCGGUGGGUCUAAAUGUUCUCUUAGCACCAGUGUAGUCAGCAUAUCGGCAAUGUGUGAGUACAGCAAUCAGCAAUGUGUGUGUGUGAAUACAGCAAUCAGCAAUGUGUGUGUGUGUGUGUGAGUACAGCAAUCAGCAAUGUGUGUGUGUGUGAGUACAGUGCUGAUGUCAGUGCUACUCAUACAGUUUGUAGCCACGUGCUACUCAGAGCUACCCAGGACAUGACAGGAAACCACCAGGUUUUCGUUUCCAGCCACAUGCAAGCAUGCAUGUGCACCACAUGCUCUCGCGGUGCAGACGUGUGUUUUCGAGGAUACCAGGCGGCCCUGAUCCUGCAGGCGGGAUGAAGAAGGUUUGUGUAGUUGUUGCCGCUUGGGUUUGACACAGCACGGUGAUCUGCGGUGAUCUCCGGGCUAGCAACGCCACCACAAUGAACAGUUAACUGCACACAACAGUGUAGUGGGUCAGCAGUGACAUAACAAUGAACAAUUCGUUACGUUGCCUAUCUCACAUGACCUGUGUAGUGGCAAACAUCGUGCAUAGGAUUAUUGAUGCGUGUUUUUUUCACAUAUUCAAAAUGACAAAUUUACGAGCCAUCUGGACAUUGUGCGUCGCUUCGUACCAACUAUAGUGCUUUGCUCAAUUUCCUUGCCC